UUUUUUUUCCCAGUGUAAACGUGUGCUGCGCGCUUAGCCGUCCAACCCGCCCUCGCCACGCCCAUGUUCAGAGUCCUACUGGUUCCGCGGCAGUAAUAUCCCAACACCACGCCGUCCGCCCCAAAUAAACCCAGAGGCCGCGUUUGCAGGUCGAGUGUUCGAAAUCGCUCUGAGGCUUGUCCUUGCCGUUUGCUUUUCGGCCUUCGGCCCCAGAGACACCGCUUUUCGGGAUAUUUUCCUGCUUAAAACUUAACCGUUAGUACCUACGCCUGUGCCUUGUAAAGUCCCGGGUGCGAGGGGCAUUCGGGCACGCCCACCUCCACCGCCUCACCCUGUCGGCCCCUGGAGGUCGCGUCGGCAGCCCCGCUCCCGGAGAAGCCGCGUCCUCUCCCCGGUCCUGGGAUUCUGGAGAGCUCGCCCGGCCCGAGACGCCUCUGGCUGCCAGCCUCUCUGCCCUCGCGUCUCCUCAGGCCGAUCGUUCUGCCCCGCAGGCCUCCCUUCCUGGUCAGUCCAUUUUCCUCACCCCUGGGCUGGACGUGUGACACCCAGUGUUUUUCCGUCACGAGUCCGUCUCGUUGGAAAAGGUGCUCUUUUGAUAGAUCAACUUCUAAAAACUUAGAUUGUCUGAGGAAGAAGCUGGGAAGAGGAGGAAAAAAGGCAAGAAAAGAGGAAUGGCUCUUUCUCAGACCUCUGAAGACUCGUGUUGCCUGAGGAAGCCCUGAAGUUAAGGAAGAGGAAAGAAAAGGAGUGAGGCAUGGUUCUUUGUCAGGAACGACUGACCUCUGAGGAUGUGGCCAUCGAAUUCACUCAGGAGGAGUGGGAAUUCCUGGACCCUGCUCAGAGGGCCUUGUACAGGGACGUGAUGCUGGAGACCUACAGGAACCUGCUGUCUGUGGAUAUCUCUCCUACACAUGUGAUCAAGCAUUUACAACCCAAAGUGAACAGUGAUAAACUAGAAACAUUCUACACAUUGAUGCCGGGAAGACCUGAAAGCUGUGAAAUCAAACAUUUUCAUCUUUGGGAAAGUCAGGAAAAUAUGUGUGACUUUGAGUGUCAGGGGAGAGAUGACAAAAGAAAUUACAAAGGGACACCUGUAAGCCUUAAUGGAAAUGUGCCUGAUGGAAGAGAUUCGCAUGAUAGAAAGGAUGCAGGCAUCAAGCCCUUUGGAAACAGGCUUGGAUUUAAGUCUCAAGAUAAACUGCAGAUAUUUCGAACUGGCGGGAUAAUUUCUGAAUAUAAUGAAGUUGAGAGUUCUGUCAACAACAGUUUCUCAUUUUCAUCAGUUCAAAGAAUUCCUCCUUGUGUCCAAACCAGUGUUUCUAAUAUAUCUGGGAAUGAUUUUAUGAAUCCUUCAGGAAUAACACAAGAACUCAAAGCACACAGGGAAAAACCUUACAGAUGUGAUGAUUGUGGCAAGGCCUUUACUUACAGCUCAGACCUCAGGAGACAUAAGAAAAUUCAUACAGGAAAGAAAUUAUUUAAAUGUGAUAUAUGUGACAAAGUCUUCAGCCAAAAUUCAAACCUUGCUCGUCAUCAGAGGGUUCAUACUGGAGAGAAACGUUACAAAUGUGAUGUGUGUGGCAAGGCCUUUACUUGGAGCUCAAACCUCAGUAGACAUAAGAAAAUACAUACAGGAAAGAAAUUAUUUAAAUGUGAUAUAUGUGACAAAGUCUUUGGCCAAAAUUCAAAGCUUGCUCGUCAUCAGAGGGUUCAUACUGGAGAGAAACCUUACAAAUGUGAUGAGUGUGGCAAGGCCUUUCGUGAAAAGUCAACCCUUUUAAGGCAUCAGACUGUUCAUACUGGAGAGAAACCUUACAAAUGUGAUAAGUGUGGCACAGCCUUUCGUGAAAAGUCAGUCCUUUUAAGGCAUCAGACUGUUCAUACUGGAGAGAAACCUUACAAAUGUGAUAAGUGUGGCACAGCCUUUCGUGAAAAGUCAAUCCUUUUAAGGCAUCAGACAGUUCAUACUGGAGAGAAACCUUACAAAUGUGAUGAGUGUGGUACAGCCUUUCGUGUAAAGUCAAACCUUUUCAGUCAUCAGACAGUUCAUACUGGUGAGAAACCUUACAAAUGUGAUGAGUGUGGCAAGACCUUUCGUCUAAAGACAACCCUUUUAAGUCAUCAGACAGUUCAUACUGGAGAGAAACCUUACAAAUGUGAUGAGUGUGGCAAGGCCUUUUGUGUAAAGUCAACCCUUUUAAGUCAUCAGACAGUUCAUACUGGUGAGAAACCUUACAAAUGUGAUGAGUGUGGCAAGGCCUUUUGUGUAAAGUCAACCCUUUUGAGUCAUCAGACAGUUCAUACUGGAGAGAAACCUUACAAAUGUGAUGAGUGUGGCAAGACCUUUCGUCUAAAGCCAAACCUUUUAAGUCAUCAGACAGUUCAUACUGGAGAGAAACCUUACAAAUGUGAUGAGUGUCACAAGGCCUUUCGUGUAAAGUCAAACCUUUUAAGUCAUCAGACAGUUCAUACUGGAGAGAAACCUUACAAAUGUGACGAGUGUGGCAAGGCCUUUUGUGUAAAGUCAACCCUUUUAAGUCAUCAGACAGUUCAUACUGGAGAGAAACCUUACAAAUGUGAUGAGUGUGGCAAGGCCUUUCGUCUAAAGUCAAUCCUUUUAAGGCAUCAGACAGUUCAUACUGGAGAGAAACCUUACAAAUGUGAUGAGUGUGGCAAGGCCUUUACUCAGAGCUCACACCUCAGGAAACAUAAGAAAAUUCAUACAGGAAAGAUAUUUAAAUGUGAUAUAUGUGACAAAGUCUUCAGCCAAAAUUCAGCCCUUUUAAUUCAUCAGUCGGUUCAUACUGGAGGGAAACCUUACAUAUGUGAUGAGUGUAGCAAGGCCUUUCGUCUAAAGUCAACCCUUUUAAGGCAUCAGACAGUUCAUACUGGAGAGAAACCUUACAAAUGUGAUGAGUGUCACAAGGCCUUUCGUGUAAAGUCAAUCCUUUUAAGGCAUCAGACAGUUCAUACUGGAGAGACACCUUGUGAUGAGUGUGUCAAGGCCUUUACUGACCGCUAAUACCUCAGGAGACAUAAGAAAAUUCAUACAGGAAAGAAAUUUAAAUGUGAUAUAUAUGACAAAGUCUUUGGCUGAAAUUCAAAGCUUGCUCAUCAUUAGACGGUUCAUACUGGAGAGGAACCUUACAAAUGUGAUGAGUGUGGCAAGGCCUUUCGUGUAAAGUUAACCCUUUUAAGUCAUCAGACAGUUCAUACUGGAGAGACACCUUACAAAUGGGAUGAGUGUGGAAAAGUCUUUGGUCAAAAACCACAUCUUCAACUUCACUGGAGAAUUCAUACUGGAGAGAGACCUUUCAAAUGUAAUGAGUGUGGCAAGUUCUUCAGUCAAAAUUCACACCUUAAAAAACAUUGGAGAAUACAUAUAGAGUAACCUUUCAAAUGUUUCGACUAUGGAAAAUCCUUUACUCAGGUCUCAGCACUCACUAAACAUCAGAAGAUCCAUACAUGAGAGAAACUCAUGUGGUAUAUGGUAGAAGUCUUCAAAAUUCAAAGUUCAAAAUUCACACCUUACAGUUGCUCAGAGAAUUCAUCCUACUGAGAAACCAUACAAAUAUCAUGAGUGUGGCAACAUCUUAGGCUUCAUGAGAAAAUUCAUACUGGAUAGAAGCCAGAUAUAUAUGUAUUUAUUAGGUCUUUAGAGCAUGAAUUCAUUCUAGAAAGAUUCCUCACCAAUUUAACAAAUGUUUAAAAAAUAAUAAUAACAACCUUAUCCUCACAUCUUGCCAGUAGUAUCAGAGUAUUUUUCCUGGAGAAAACACCCAGCAAUGUAAUGUGUGUGGCAAGGAUCUUACCCAAAAGUCACAAGAUAGGAAUGUAGUGGAGCCAUACUUCCCAGACUCAGUGGAUGUGGCAAAUCCUUUACCUUUUUCACUAUAUGUAUUCUCUGAUGACUUUAGUUCAGGUACUCAGCAACUGCAUUAAGUCCAUAUUUGAAGAGAAGCUAUAGAGAUCUUUUCGUGUAAAAGAAACCCGAAUUCUACCUCAGCAAAGAUGAUUCUUUGGGACAGUAGUCCGCCAUCUUUUUGGUCUCCUGGCUUUCUGAAUAAAGUCACUAUUCCUUGCCCGACAA